CACCCCUAUUUGAAUUGGUGCCCCUUCCACCUCCAAGCACACAUAAAAUUGCAUUCUAAGUUGGUUCAUAACCGUCGCCGUUAAACCGUUUCUGGCUUUGCUGAAUUGCAUUACCACAGAGCUAGCUCAGAAGAACAAGAAAGAGAAAAAUGGCAGACUAUCACUUUGUGUACAAGGAUUUAGAAGGAGCCUCCACUCAAUGGGAUGACAUUCAGAGAAAGCUUGGCAAUCUGCCUCCAAAGCCACCUGCUUUCAAGCCACCACCUUUCAACCCUGCCGCCGAUCCUGACACCCUCCCCAAAGACAAAGAUUGGCUUGAUUCGAAAACCCAAGAUGAACUUGAAGACCUCGAAGAUGACCUUGAUGAUGAUCGUUUCCUUCAAGAAUACAGGAAGAAGAGGCUAGCUGAGAUACAGGAGACAGCUAAAGUUUUGAGGUUUGGAUCAGUGACCCCCAUUUCAGGAUCUGAUUUCAUUCGAGAGGUUUCACAGGCUCCAUCUGAUGUUUGGGUGGUUGUCAUCCUUUACAAAGAAGGGAUUCCUGAAUGUGUUCUGUUGAUGCAAAGCAUUGAGGAACUGGCUGCAAGAUAUCCUGCAACAAAAUUUGUCAAGAUAAUAUCCACUGAUUGCAUUCCGAACUACCCAGAUCGCAAUCUUCCCACUUUAUUGGUUUACAAUAAUGGAGCCGUGAAAGGAAAUUAUGUCGGUUUGCAUAGUUUUGGGCGAAGAUGCACUCCUGAAGGUGUUGCAUUAGUACUUUGCCAAUCAGAUCCUGUACUUAAUGAUGGGCAGAGUGGAAAUGAGCAAUCAAGAGAAGCUGUCAUUGAAGGAGUUCGCAAGAGGUUUAUAGAGAAGGUUGUCCUAGAUCAUGAAGAGCAAGAGGAUGAUUCCACAAGCGAUUAGCAUUGUUGCUUGUCAUUGUAUUUUAAGUAGAGAUGUUUCCUUUCGAUGAAGUAAAGUUAUACACAACAUACGUGGGAUUUUGUUUCUUCCACGACUAUGCUUAUCUUUGCUUUUUAAUCCCCUUAGUUUCUUCUAAUUACACUAUGUAGUGGGAUACUGGGAUCAGAUUUAGUUGUUGUCGUCUCCAUGUUAAAAUGUAAAAGCAUGAUGUUUGUGAUUAAAAAAACAAAGUAAAUUACUUCAAGUUUGCA